AUGAUGAAAAGGACUUCUUCUGAUUUUCGUCAAUCUUGUGAUGUUGAUGAAGAGGCUAGGGCUAGACUCAAACAUCAAACCUUGUUACAAGAGUUCCUGGAAUUGCAGAAGAGAUUUGUUUCUCAGAAAAGGAAAUUGCAGACUGCAAAGCAAAAGAGAGAUACCCUUUUGGUCGAAGUCCGAUUCUUGUGUCGGCGAACAAGAUAUCUAUUGAAAUAUCAAUCUCCCAAAUUUGAACCAGUAAAAGAUCCCGUUCAUCCACCAAAUUUGGUUAUAACACAAAAAACGCUUGAAAGAGAAGGAAAUUGUAAUGCCUUUGAAGAUGCAUUGGAGAAUCCAUGCCCAGUUUGGGUUUCAAAUCCAAAUAGGAGAGAUAAAGAGGAAGGAAAAGGGGAGGAACAAGUAUGUGCGAAGAACCCCGGAGGUGUUCGCAAUUUAUCUUCAAGUCAUGGAAAUCUUGAUGGUUAA